CGGACGCGAGGCGCUCCGCCGAGGAGGCGGGGGCGGGGAGACGGCUCGUGCGGUGCCGCUCCGUCGGGGUCGCGUCCUCCCCCCCCGCCCCCCUCCCGGCCGGGCCCGCGCCUGCGCAGACCGGCCCCGCGGCCGUUGCGGCGCGGUCGUCCGGCGUGGGGGGGGAAGGGCCGUGCGCGCGGCGCGCGCCAGAGGUGACGGGCGAGGGGAGGGGGGGGCCGCUCCGCCCCACGUGACCCCGGAGGGGGCGCCCCGCCCCGCCCCCCUCCGCCCCAUCCCCGGCGCGCGGCGCCUCCCGUUCCCCGCGGUUUCGCUCGUCGCCAACCGUCGCGGCCCACCCACCGCAUUUCCCCCCCGGCGGCCUUAGGAAGGACCGGCCCCCCGCGAUCCCGGUGACUCGGCCCCCCGGUGCCCGCCGCCACCAUGCCCGCCCUGCUGGAACGCCCCAAGCUCUCCAACGCCAUGGCGCGGGCGCUGCACCGCCACAUCAUGAUGGAGCGCGAGCGCAAGAGGCAAGAGGAAGAGGAGGUGGACAAGAUGAUGGAGCAGAAGAUGAAGGAGGAGCAGGAGCGGAGGAAGAAGAAGGAGAUGGAGGAGCGGAUGUCACUGGAGGAGACCAAGGAGCAGAUCUUGAAGCUGCAGGAGAAGCUGUUGUCGCUGCAGGAGGAGAAGCACCAGUUGUUCCUGCAGCUCAAGAAGGUCUUGCACGAGGAGGAGAAACGACGCCGUAAAGAGCAGAGCGACCUGACCACACUGACGUCCGCGGCCUACCAGCAAGGCCUGGCCGUUCACACGGGGACGCACCUGCUGAGCAUGCAGGGGAGCCCCGGGGGACACAGCCGCCCCGGGACCCUCAUGUCGGCCGACCGGGCGAAGCAGAUGUUCGGACCGCAAGUGCUCACGCCCGGUGACUGUGCGGGUCAGGCGGCGGCGGCGGCGUUCGCGGCGGCGGCGGCACCGGAGCACGGGCAGUUCCAGGGGAGCCCCGGGGGAGCCUACGGGGCCGCCCAGCCUCCACACUACGGCCCCUCCCAGCCCAGCUACAGCCCCAGCCAGCAGCUCCGGGCCCCGGCGGCCUUCUCCACGGUCCCGUACCUGUCCCAGCCCCAGCAGCCCUUUGCCGUGCACGGGCACUUCCAACCUGCACAACCAGGCUUCCUGCAGCCAGGAGGGGCCCUGUCUCUCCAGAAGCAGCUGGAACACGCCAACCAGCAGUCCGGCUUCUCCGACUCGGCCCUGCACCCAGCCCCGGGCCUGCUCGCAUCCCCCCAGAUCCCCGUCCAGAUGCAGACGACCACCAAGUCGGGCUUCCCCGCCCCCAGCCAGCCCGGCCCCCGUCUGCCCUUCAUCCAGCACAGCUCAGCCCAGCGCUUCUACCACAAGUGAGCCCGCUCCCGUGCCUGCCGGUCAGCCCAGCCCCCGCCCCAAUAAAACCAGACUUUCCUCCCCUC